AUGUCAGUCAGUUACAACGGUCAAGCCGCAUACGUCUUCCAUUUCAAUAGCUCCGGAAAUGGUGAGUUGGGCAAGGGACACGGCAAGGAGACGGCGCCCGAGGGCUACCAUCCUUCUGGAAAUCCCACGACCAGUCACCCUUAUCGACGGUCGCGUGGAGGGACAACGCGUAGCAAGGACGAGAUACGAAGAACAGGAUCGGAGGGGCCGGCUUUACACCCUGGAGUCUGGUCUCCUAGCCCCCCGAGUGCAGAGUCGACGGUCAUCGUCAACUCCGAUCCUCCCGGCUACACUAGAUCUCCAGUCGAGUCGAUAUCCUCGAUCUCGACAAUUCGACGUUUGUUAGCUCAAACGGCGGAUUACCUCCAUCCCUCCGGUCCGGUGCCCUCCUGA